AUGAACUGGCUGAGAUUGGAGAGGUUGGAGAGCUUCUGAUCGAAGGGCCACUUGUUGGACGAGGAUAUUUGAAUGAUCAGUCCAAGACCGACGAGAAAUUCAUCCGCAAUCCGGAUUGGACGCCACAUAUUAAUGGGUCCACGGCCCAUAAACCGAUCCGAUUGUAUCGAACUGGUGAUUUGGCAAGGUACCUUGAGGAUGGGAGGGUUUGUUACAUGGGAAGGAUCGACAAUCAGGUCAAAAUUCGGGGAGUACGGCUUGAAUUAGAAGAGGUGGAGAAGAAUCUCCGUAGCUGCUUAAGCGAGUUGGAAGAUGUGGAAACGAAGCACGUAUUGGUCGAGGCAGUGAUUUUGUCUGGCUUGGUCACCAAGCAGUUGGUGGCAUUCUUAUGCCUUACCACUUCUGCUCCAAUUGGUUGUCUAGAUUGGGAUAGAAAGAACGAAGAUGACGGCCCCUCUCUCAGGACAUCGCCCCAGGAGCAAGAAGCCUUCUCGUCUCUGAUUUCGCGGAUCGAGGCAAAGUUGAGGCUGAUACUCCCGACUUACGCUGUGCCAUCAAUCUGGAUUCCUGUUAGACACGUUCCUCUUACUGUCUCUCGGAAGCUUGACCGAAAACUCCUCCGGGACGGCGUCACUCCACUAUCUGCUAAGCAACUUGCUAUUUUCACUCAUGCGAGUAGCCGAUCUUCCGGGGUGAAGUCGCUCUCACACUUAACUGAGAACGAGUCGCAAUUUCGACGGCUUUGGGCAGAUGUGUUUUGUGUCCCGCCUUCAGAUAUCGAUCUGGAUGACAAUUUCUUCUCCCUGGGAGGAGAUUCUGUCUUGGCGAUAAAGCUUGUUGCUGCAGCCCGAACUGGUGGUUUAGACUUAAGCCUCGAGGCCAUUUUCGAUCAUCCUGUCCUAUCCGACAUGGCGAAUAUCACAAAAGGUCUCACUCACGGCGAUGAAACCCCGGUCGACAUUGCUCCAUUUUCCCUCCUGGAUAAGAGUUGGGAUAUCAAGCUUGUGCUUCAGGAAGCUCGCAAACGUUGUUCUAUCGCCCCGCACAAUAUUCGAGAUAUCUAUCCUGUCACACCCAUGCAAGAGGGUCUCCUGGCUCUGUCAAUGAAGGAUGAUGGCACAUAUAUUCUGCAGUUCGUGUAUCAAAUGCCAGAGACUAUAGACCUAGAUAAGUUGAGAAAUGCAUGGGAAAAUAUCUCGAAGCAUACGGAAGUUCUGCGGACGAGGUUCUUCGACUACAAUUCAGAGUUGUUACAGGUCGUAGUCGAUGAGCCUCUCAAUUGGGACGUGGUCGACGGAGAUUUGGCUUCUUUCCUUAGAACGGAGAAGCAGCGGGGUCUUCAUUUGGAGAAGACCAUGUCUCGUCUGUCGGCAGUAAGGCAGGAUGACCCUCGGCAAUACUUCCUUGUGUGGACUAUCCACCAUGCUCUGAUAGAUGGAUGGUCUGAAUCAGAUAUUAUUACCUCCGUCGAACAGGAAUAUUUGGGAGUCACACCAGCAAUGCCAGCCAAUCCAAAGUUCAACACCUUUGUCAAGCAUAUUAUGAAGCAAGACAAGUCUUCGGCGAAGGAGCUUUGGAAGGAACAAUUGACUGGUACAUCCGCUCCUGUCUUCCCACCGCUUCCGAACCCAAAUUACAUCCCGAAGGUGCAAAGGUCCAAUCGCAUCCUCCAUCAUCUUAAUUCACACGCCGAUGCAGAGCUGGAGCACAAGGUAGUCUCUAUCAAACGAGGAUCUACUACGGCGGCUACUAUGAUACAAGCAGCUUGGUUCCUUCUUCUUGCCAGUUACUCGAAUUCCACAGACAUUAUCACAGGCGUCACCUUGAAUGGCCGCACUGCACAACUUCCAGGAAUCGACCGAAUCCCAGGACCGACAGUGACAACAAUCCCAUUCAGGGCACGAUUCACACCAGACCAAAGAGUUCAAGACUUUCUUCAAAUAAUUCAGAAGCAGUACCUCAAAAUCCUCCCAUUCGCUCAGUUUGGACUCGACAACAUCCGACGGGUGAGCGAAGACGCCGUACCAGCUUGCAAAUUCCGCAGCCUCCUGGUCGUGCAAUCCGCACACAGGGCUCCAGAUUCGAAGACAAUACUGCAGGGGAGGAGCUACAGUUUCCCGGUCAUGGACUUCGCAAUUGUGAUGGAAUGCGAACUUCACAAAGAUAAUAACAUUGACUUCAGAGCAACAUUCGAUAAUCAAGUCCUCUCCGAAGCUCAAGUGCGGAAAAUGUUCCAACAAAUGGAGCAGCUCCUUCUCAGGAUAUCUGUCUGCGGCCCUUCAACGACAGUGGCAGAACUGCAGAAAGAACUUCAAAUCGAUGUGAUGGCGACGCACCAGGCAAAUGGAACCGCUCAUUCGUCGGCGCCGCCCAGGAAAAGCUACAAGCCUCCUUUAACAGACAUGGAGAAGAGAAUUUCUGGUAUUUGGAAAACCCUUCUCGGUGUUGAUCAGGUUGGACUUGAUGACAACUUCUUCGAGCUUGGAGGUGGCAGCGUGCUUGCCAUGCGUCUGGUGUCGAUGGCGCGAAGAGAGGGCAUGACUAUGACAGUUGCAGGGAUUUUCAAAACUCCUAAUCUGAUGCAACUGGCUUUGACAGCGCGGGAAAAUGUGAGGGCUGACGAAGUCACUCCAUUUUCUCUACUAUCCGGUCCAAGUAAAGCAAAAUUAUGCAACCAAGCAACUCAGCAGUGUAGGGUCAGUCUUGAAGAAAUUGAGGACAUGUAUCCUAUUACUGCGAUGCAGCUACAUUACGUUACUGGGUACCCUGAAGCCGAGAAAGAUAUCAACGGCCCGUGGGAUUGGCAAUCGCAAGCGGUGUAUUCUCUUCCGCAUGCUAUCGAUUUCGAGAAAUUCAAGGGUAUCUGGAUAUCGGCAAUUCAUCGUCACCAAAGUCUUCGGACUCGUGUCAUAAACACUGGCCAUGGGAUAUUUCAGGUGGUGCUCAAGGAGCCCCAGCCUUUCCGAUGGGCCGAAGCAAAUGAUCUGGAUCGAUACGUCGAAGAAGAUAAAACAGCACCCAUGACAUUUGGGGAUCGACUUUUACGGCUUGCAAUUGUGGCGCCUAAAGGCAGCGAUGAGCGAUUUUUCGUCAUGACAGCACAUCAUAUGAUUUACGAUGCCUUUGCUCGAAGUAUGCUGUUCAAGGAACUGGAAGCGGCUUAUUUCCAAGACCUGCCAGACACGCCUCUGCCAACAAUGAACCAGUUCGUCAAGUACAUCACGGAAGCUGAUAAGCAAUCCGCCACCGACUUUUGGACUUCGCAUCUAGCAGGCGCCAACACGAAGCCAUUAUUUCUCAUUCCACCUGGUCGGAUUGUCUUCAACAUCACUGAAAAGUCCAUGUCGAUAGGGAGCCCCGAGAUUCAGCGAGCAGAAUGUACCCUGCCAACCAUGAUCGAAAUAGCCUGCAGCCUGACGAUCGCCCGUCAUCUCGACUGCGAGGACGUGAUCCUCUAUUCCGAUCGCUCAGGACGAAACCUACCUGUGGAUGGUAUCCAAGAUCUCAUCGGUCCUACAACACUUUUCAUCCCCGUGCGAACACACAUCAAUCCGAAUCAAAAAGUCAAAGAUCUACUCUGUGAGUCCCAGCAGUUCAACAGUACCAGCAUACCAUUCGAACAUCUCGGCUGGCUGGAGCUGAGAGAGAUGAGCCACUUGAAAGACCGGUUGAAGAAUUCGUUGAAUAUCAAUAUCAAUCCGCAUCCACUGGCGAGUUUGGGGAAGGGUUGGGGGCUUGAAUAUAUGAGCUCGCAUGCUGGGUGCGAUGACCCGUUUGGUGUUAACGUUGACCUAUAUGAUGGGAGGAUGGAGUGGGUGGUUUAUUAUGAUGAGAGAUUCGUUGGGAGUGAGGUGGUGGAGAGGCUGUUACGGGAAAUGAAGAGGGUAUUUUUGACACUUGUGGAUGCGGGGUUAAAGCCGGAGAUGACUGUUGGGGAGGUUUUGAAUUCUCCUGCAAUGAUGUAGAGGGUGACACCUUCCUAUUGGAGGGCAGAGCAUGGUCGGUAUAUAAUUCUUUCUAUUUGAAAACUAAUCUUGUUCAUAAGUGUAUGAAGUCGACUUGGAGCGUCCUAACCUUUUCCGU